AUGAGAAAACAGGAACGACCCAAGAACCUGAGACGCGAUGCGUCUGGUGACGAGGAGGACAAGGACGUCUUCGACGACGAUGAUGCCUCGGCAGGAAGCCUGUCGAGUGACGAAGACGCGCAGACUGGGCUCGAGGGAGGGCGAGAGAGUCGCGCCCCUCAGGGCUCCACAGUGUCUCCGAAGGGCUGUCCCCGAGACGUGAACGAGCUCCCCACAGCCGAGGACGAGGUCGACGCGGACACGCGGGGCCGAAACGAAGACGACGGAGAAGCCUUCGCACGUACAUGCGGGCCGAACGGAGAGGAGAGACGCGCAGAACCGUUCCAAGGGCGUGGAAACAGGCGGGCAACCCCCACGUGGCAGCUGAUCAAAGAAGAUCCCUCUUUCGUCCCGCGUGGCGGCUCUUACUUCCUGCACGACGAUCGCGGAGAGGCGUCAGGAGAGGAGCCAGCAACUGACGAGGAGCAACCAAGCAGGAAAGGCGAGACGCGUGCCUUCGCCGACGUCCCGUCCGACGACGAGAAUUUCUACUCUGAUGACGUUCCGCGCAGCACGCAAACCAGAAUCGGGCGGCCGCGGAAGUUGUGGACGGCUGACGAGGCUGGACAGGGCGAGGGGCGAGACGGAAAGUGGGUUCACGAUCGCUUUGAAACGCUGUUAGAAGGAAACGAUCAGCCGCGCCCGUUCCGCCCCAUCCGGGGAUUCUACGGCCCUCGCCCUCGCAUCUUCAGACGCACACCCCCGUCCGGUUACGCGCCGGGGCCUCGCGGAGGACGAAGAAGAGCACCCGCACCGCGCUCUGCAGGAUCGGGCCAUUCUGGGCCUCACAGCGCUCAGCCGUUCGGCGGCGCAGGGCGAGGGGGGCCUCGGCGAAGUCGCGAGACUCGAUUUGGGCGGGGCGCCGACAUGCGCGCCGUCGAGACUCCCUUCCCAGGAGAGGAAAGAGGAGGUCGAGAACGAGGAGGAAGACGGAAAGAAACAGACAAGCGAGAAAACGAGGCGUACGCCGUAGCGACGCCAGGAAAACUUGUCCUGGCCUCAGGGGCUGAGGGAUACAACGAAAGGCCCGGUCAACAAGGGGGCGUCUCGACUGCGCGAGGACGCGGUCGAGGGCGCCGAAGAGAAGGACGCGCCGCAGGUAUCACUACAGCCUACGUGGUGAAGGGCGAGCAACAUGGAACCACUCGGGCUUCCACCGGCGACAGUGAACACAGCCAGGACCGGACUCCAGAAAAUAACCGAGACUCCUCAAACGUCACUGAUAGGACUCCUCGUCGGCCCAGAGGGCGACGUGGCGGGUUCCGGUCGCGCACUGGCGCCCGCACAGAGUGGGCUGUGCGCGAACAGAAACCUGUGCCGGUGGAAACCGCCGCUCCCGUCAGCGCCUGA